AAAGCAGUCGUAGUAGUCGGACGCAUCUGCUAUACCCUCAAUAUACUUAUUGAGAUUUGAACUUGCGUAUAGUUGUGCACUCCGUUUCUGAGAUACAAUGUACAAAGUGCUGAGUGUGUGGGCGCUAGUGGUGCUGUCUGCGGGGCUGGUCCACUCCUGGGACUACGCAAUAGCUUUAGAAAAACGAAUAGAUUUUUUAAAAAACGAUGUGAAAACACACAGCAUUGCUAGUCUCCAGUUUAAGAACCUCACGGCGUUAGCUUACGACGCACUCCACGACACGCUCCUGAUCGUCGACCAACAGACAGACAACUCUUCCGUAUACCGAUUGUACUUCACAUCCAACGACAUCGAGCUCAUACUUACCAGGAAACAGAUCCAGACUAUAGCCUACGACCCAGUCAAGGAUUUACUUUUCUGGGUUCAGGACAGAAUUAUUUUUUCGAUACCUUUAAAGUCUGGAUCUAAAUGCGACGACAGUGAACAAAAUAUUGUAAUUAAGUUGCCUGAUGAAAUCCCAAGUUCUAUUGCAGUGGACAGUUGUGAAGGGUUUGUUUACUGGACCAAUAAAAAAAAUGCAAAGCCUACAAUAGAGAGAGUUCGAUUUGAUGGCUCAGCAAGAGAAGUGGUGAUAGAUAAGGAUAUCCAUGAGCCUGAUCAUCUUGUCAUCGACCCUCAGAUAAAGAAAAUGUUUUGGAUUGAUAUGAGACAUAAUGAAACCCACAAUUUCAAAGUAAACACUGCGUAUUUGAAUGGAACGAACAACGCCAACGUAGCAGUAGGUAAUGGUUGGAUUCCAAAAGGAUUAACUAUCUCAAGCCAAUUUGUCUACGGUGCCGAGCAUGGUGUAAAAUUGUCUGUUUAUAAAGUGCCGAAACGCAAAGGGUUAGUUAUCGAUAGUCAUGUAUCGAAGCUUGAAGGUCAGCAAUCGUCAAGAAUCGUGGCCAAAUAUACACUUGAAGAACAAACUAGAGGAAUUCAUGAAUGUCCAACUCUAACUAGUUUGCUACAAGAGAAUGCGACCAAUAAUGACACCAUUUUAAUUUCUGAUUGCGACCUCUGUGUUCAUGGUGAGAAAGCUAAUGCCACAUCUUGCACAUGCGCACCUGGCUACAUCGGUGAGAGAUGCGAUGUGUCAGUCUGUCAGAACUAUUGCAUCCAAGGAACCUGCAGUGUCAGUGAUGAGGGGGAACCCUCUUGCAGAUGCGAGUCUGGUUAUUCUGGAGCGAGGUGUGACCUCAACACGUGCUUCAAUUAUUGUCUGAACAACGGCGUUUGUUACUUUACUGAAGAGAAUGAACCACUUUGCCAAUGCAGUGGAAAUUAUAGUGGUUCCAGGUGUGAAGCUAUCAAAAGUGACACAGUUUGUUCAACGUUAAGUCCUGGAUAUAUAAACAUUGCUAAUCCGAAACCAGCAUAUAAUAACUUUACUAUAGCCGAAGUGUUCUUAAACCGUCGUAAUGUAACUAAAGUGACUGUUAACGUGGAAAUAGAAUCUAGUUAACGUACUCGUAUUUAUUUGAUAUUAUGUUUUAAAUUAAGAAUUAUUUUUUAUUAUUAUAUGCUUUGUACUUGCAAUAUUUUGAUAAA